UUGACGAUGCCAACAAGAGUUGAGUGAGAAGAACCGAACAACAACAAGUUUAACCUUCAACAUCAUCUACCGUACGGUAUCAAUCAAGCUAAUAAGCAGAAAGGUCCACUCUGUGCAUCGCUGUUCCGGAAAGAUUUUCUUUUUUCUGGUUGCAAAAACUGUCCCAACCCAUUCAUUCCUACAAUCGCUUGAUCACCAAUAAUGGUCCAACCCAAGGCCCUCAUGGCGGCAUUGCUGUCGACUGGCCUCGUCAGUGUCGCACCCAACGUGAUUCUCUUUGUAUUUCCCAAUUAUGCCACGGGGGAAGGAGCACACAGUCAAUUACUGUCGUUGGGACAAGCCAUUUCGGCUGGGGGACUUCUGGGGGAUGUCUUUUUGCACACUCUGCCACAUGCCGCCCCACACAUGGAACGAGACAAUGUUGGGUUGUGGGUCAUGGCCGGGUUUGUCAUUUUCCUCGUGGCCGAUAUGCUCAUGCGAUGGGCCGAUCCAAGUCAUCAUUCUCAUGCACACCAUCACAGUCAACAAACUCAUCACGACAGUCAUGAGGAUGAGAAAGACCACAAGAAUAAUAAUACGCAAUCUGCCAAACAAACAGAAACAGAACAAUUUCGAAUACUGUCCCCCAAGAUACUCUUGAAUCUAACGGGUGAUGCUCUGCACAAUUUUACCGACGGCCUUGCCAUUGGAGCAUCCUUUUCCAUUCAAGAUUCACGAUUUCUACAAGAGGCCACCAUGUUGCAACUCAUGUCCUCCCGAGGAGGACUGGCCACCGUAUCGAUUCUAUUGCAUGAGUUACCACACGAAUUAGGAGACUUUGCCACAUUGGUAAAGGCGGGGUGCAGCAAAAGUCAAGCCAUUCUACUACAAUUCGUCACGGCGGGGGCCGCCAUGGCUGGAGCCGUACUGGGGGUCUUUUGCGUGGAAGGAUAUGGAGGAGAACGGUUACUCUACAUUACUGCCGGUGGAUUCGUAUACCUGGCAUGUGUGACAAUCUUACCAGAAGUACUGGAGGAACGAGUGUCCUUGCAAUUCCGAUUGGCACAAGUAGCGUGCUUUUGUUGCGGAGUGGCAUUUCUCUAUGGCGUUGCUCUCUUGGAACAUCAUGCCGGUGACGGACAUCAUCAUGGGCAUGGCCAUGAACAUCAUGGGCAUGGGCACCAUCAUGAGCAUGAUGAGCAUCACCACCGCCAGUUGGAACACGAACAUGGAGAUCAUCACAAGCACGAAGAACAUCACCACCAUCCAGAAGAUCAUGCUCACCACGAUCACCAUCAUCACCAAGAGCUUUAG